AUGAAUCUUCUGGCUCUUCAUGCUAUAACGAAUUUGGGAGGCAAGUUUAUUUCACGCCGGUACUCGAGCUCAAAAUUGCCCGGUCUUCCGAAUCUUGUUUACCAGUUCUUCAACAAUGAAUCUAAAUUUCUUUCCGAGGCUCUAAGAAUGAAAGAAGAUACCUUGUCUGCGCUGAUGGAUGUAUCAGAAUUACACAAAACCAUCCAAAAUGAACUUUUUGAUCAAAUGGAUGAUUAUAAUCGUUUCACUGUAUUGUUAUCGCAUCAUCCUUUAGCUGUGCCUUGGCAAAUUCUAUUCCGCUUCUUCACAUCAUUGCCCAAAGUUCUACCUUUGGACAAGCAGAAUUUUCUAAAAGCACUUAUAUACCACAAUGCUUGGGAUGCAGUUUGGACCCUUGUUCUUUCUGGGGACGCAACUUUAUCAGAUCUCGAAGAAAUAACCGAGUUAAUUUAUUCAUGUCUCCUUGCAAACAGAAACGAUAAAAUCGGGAUAUGGCUUGCUCUAAGCGCAGCCCAUAAAGCAGCAUCAAACAACAGCAUAUAUUCUUCAAUACGUGAAAUGUUCGGAUAUAAAUUUGGCAUACCGCUAGAUAAAUUGGAUUUAUUCCAUACUACAAUCACGAUACCUACUGAGCAGUUACUUGAAGAACAUCCUCACAAGAUAAAGAUUCACAAUGACAAAUUUCAAGAGCAUGUGGAUCUCAAAGCUUUCUUUAUAAGUAAGUAUGCCCAAGACUGCUCGGAUGGGGAAUUAACGCUGCAACUCGUCAUGGACAUGUGUCAUGAGGAUGAUCGCUUGCACAAAAUUCCGGGAUUUGUGUCACUGCUAAUACUCAAAACUAAGAGCAAUCGACUAAUAGAAUUCUUUGCAACUCAAAGAGCCGCAUUAUGCAACGAGCAAGAUUUGUAUUAUCUUGUGAAAAUGGCAAGUCCAGAAAAACACUACCAGUUAUUUCUAACAUUUUGCCAUAGUUAUCGAAAAGCCUUCAUCCCGAAUGAUUUCAUGGUGAAUUACUUCGUCAUGCAAACUCAUCUUAUUUCCGAGAGUAUUUUCAUAUCGCUUGUCAAAAUGCAUUAUAGAGCUCUUACUAUUGAUACCUUCAGUGAGAUAAUUUCGACUCUUCUCAAAUUACCGGAAGGGCAUCAAAUUUUGAAAACCAUGAGUCGUCGGCAGUAUGAGAAAUUUGUAUGUUUGGUCGAAAGAGUCAUUCUUGAUAAAAAAGAUUACCGUGUGCUAUUCAUGUUGCUUGAAUUAUCAAGUACUAAAGGUCGUUCAUCAACUCGCCAAACCCUCAGAAACCUUGGCCCACACAAAAAUAAUAUUGAGAUUCUCAUGAAACAUAAAUUCUCGGAAUAUAACCUCACUGAAAUUUGGAGGUACGGACUCAGAAGCAACUUGCUCGAUAAUUCCAACACAGGCGAGUUAUUUCAAAAGACUCUACUGCGAGCCUGGAACGUGAAAAAGCUUUUAAGGAGGUCCAGAAGCUUUGACGAAUGCGCUACAGAAGCCGAGUUUCGUGAGCAAUUCAGACGAGCUACUAUCUUUGAAAGAAGAAGAUUGAGAGUCAGAUUGCAAGCAAUGGGGCAAGCUCUCUCUCUAUGUAAUGCCUCACAAAUUGCACAGAUACUCAAUCAUUUGUGGGUGUAUUUGCAUGAAGGAAGUGACUUUCUAUUAUUUCAUGACAACUUUGGAAAAGACUAUAUCCUAAGCCAUUUGAUAAAGUACACUAUGAAAUUCAUAUUUCAAUCAAACGAAACCGGCGAAGGAGUUUCAAAAAUGAGAGCAGUGCUCAAAUCUCUUCAGUUCGACUCCACAGUGACGCAGACUUUGACCUUUGAGUAUGUGACAAUGUACAAACCGAAUAUGUCGUUAGAUUUUCUCGAUGUUUCCAAAAAUGAGCUCUCGUUCUUGAACCGCGCUGUCAUGGAGGGCAUAGAAAAAGGGAUUUUAAAGUCGCAAAUGACAAAGCACAACAGACUUCUGUUGUUUAAGGAAUUCCAGGAAAAGAAAACGAAACUGGGUGUAAACACGAAACUCAGUCCCACGACUAUGGGGCUCUUGGGAAAUUUAGUUUUUGACUUGGCAGACAGGGCUGAAAAUGUGGGUGAGCUCAAGGAAUUUAUUCAAGUAGCUCGUGAAAGAGGCUUACCGAUCAGACUUAUUCGCCGCUGGUCUGCCAAGCUUCAAACUUUCAAAACUAAUUGCGAGUGA